AUGGGCGGAAUCGGUGGAGCUAUGACAGGAGGAAUUGUGGGUGGCGAAGCUGUCGUGGGCAGAGCUGUAGUCGGUGGAGGUGGAAUGGAUGAGGUAGAGCGGCCAUGGUUGGAGAGAGGUGCGUCUGAAUGGGCUGGAGCUCCAUGGUUGACAGAGUUCCCUUUGGUUUCAAGGAUGUCGACCGGUGGCAGAAGGAGGCUAGGGUUUCAGUGGGCGAGUUACAAAGAUAUCUCUGCUGACAUUGACAAUGUUGCACCACCAUCUGAAGUGGUGGUGCCCUCUCGAGCCAAGGACCAUUCUCCUCUUCCUUUUGAUUCGUCUUUGGAGGCUAGGGCAAAAUCGAAAUCUGUUUCAUCCUCUUCCAAAGCUGCUGCUGCUGGGUUGCUCAAAUUGCCCUUGAAGCCGGGUCAGUCCAAGAAAAAUUCUGUGACUCCCAAAAGGAAAUUGGGGUUGGAUGCGUCUCUUUCUCCCUUGUCUGCUGCCAAGAAAAAAUUGAAGGCUCAUCCCCCUUCACUGUUUUCCUCCGAAUCUGAUCCUGAGGAAGAAAAGUCAGAAUCUGAAGCAACCCAUGAUACCACAUUGUCUGAUGAAACGGUUCCUGACAAUGCAGAAUCAGAGGCUGAGUCUGAUGAGCCAGAAAAAGAAGACAUUGUCCUCUCUGAUCAAGAAGCCGAAUCUGACUCAAACCAAAUUGCAUCUCCUUUGACAUCCAAAGCUAAAGGGAAGAAACCUAUUUCUGGUUCUACACCUUCUCCAAAACGUUCAGGUGUAAAUUUCAAACCUUAUUCUUCCAUUUUUUGCUAUAAUGAUAAUGCACGUGAUAUGGUUCUAUAUGCUCAAAGGAAAUUUAUCAUAGAAAGAAAUUAUGUCUUGAGUGAUCAUCGUCCUUUUGUCAAGGAAUUCUAUGCCAAUCUCACUAAUGAAAUUAUUGAACCUUCAUCUCCUCUGUAUAAUAAAGUGUUUGUUAGGGGCCAUUGGUUCUCUUUUUCUCCUCAAGACAUUGCUCUUGCUUUGCAUCUUCCCCUUGCUGUUGAGGAUGAUGUUGAUGGUGCCUCUCUUGACAAGUACAUGGCUAUCACUGAAUUGGUAGGUCAAAAAAUGGUAUGGCCAUCUAAUACAGUCAUCUCGGUCUCCAAUCUCACCUACACUUAUGCUGUUCUCCAUAAGUUUGCCACAACAAAUUGGAAGCCCACUUCUCACACCGCCACUAUCUCUUUUGAUAUGGCAUCAUUUUUGUACAAGGUGGGGACCGGUCUUGGUAUAAAUUUGGCUUCGGUUAUUCAUGAUCAAAUCAUUGGGUUUCGCAAAGGUAACAGGAAAAACUUGAAUCUUCCUUUUCCUCAAGUUAUUUAUAAAGUGUUGAGUAUGCAGAAAAAAGAUCUCCAACGUGAUCAAGAAGACUUGGUGGCACCCACUACUGCUGCUUCCUACAAGGCCUCUGCCCCUCCUUCUGAAGCCACUGCUGCUCCGUCCUCCAAGAAAGUCAAGCCCCAAUCUCUGAAGAUUGCCUUGGAUGACAUUCCUCAUGCCCCCUCCUCUGUUGCCACAGAUUCAGGACUUGUUGCAACAGAAAUAGCUGUUGUUCAAGCCUCUGUUGAUUCUUUGACUGCUCGAGUGAUGUCAAUUGAAGGACUGCAACGUUCUGUGUUGGAGGCUGUUCAAUCUCUGUCCAAAGAUCCAAUUGUUUAG